GUCGAACAGUAGUUACUAAAUCUCCAAUAACCCCGUCAGUUGGGUAAAUCAUUCACUCACUCAUAUGUUAGAACUUUUGGCCUUGGCAUCAUGACAAUUACUUGUCAUGCGCGAGGUGAAUUAUAUUGGUGUGGUCGACAGCUUCCUGGGUCCCGACGCGACGUCCUGGAGAAAGUAGAGGAUCUUCAUCUUCUACUAUUAGGUCAGCAAUAAGUAUAAAG